GGUGGGGGGGGGGUGGCCCUUCAGGACAUCUGUGGGAACUCGUUUUCAGACCUAAUUAAUUUGAACCGUGCUCGGGAGGGGGUUGUUUGGUGUGGGAUUGUUCAUCCCGUAGCACGGAGCAGCUCCCCCAGAGCACUGCAGGGACACGAGGUGGGAAAUCCCAUCUUUCCAAGCAGCAAUUCCUUCAGUUUGGUGGGGAAUAUCCCAAGGAAUUUAUCCCAAUUCCACUUCCCUCCAGGUGUCGGGUCUGAGCUGCCUUGAGCACCCACCAGAGAGUGGAGCUGGUGGCACAUCAGCACUUCUGUGUCAUCCCAGUGACAGAGAAACCUUCACAGGGAAUAUUCCACCUUCCUCAGAGCAGGAAGGGCCCAGUUAUUCAGCCAGGGCUCAGCUCCCACCCCACUCCCAGCCCUGCUCCCUGAGCUCCUGGCUUUUCCAUCACGUUUUUUCCCUUGGAGUCCCUGAGCCAUCAGUUUGUGUGUCGGGAUGGGUGUCGAUAUCCUGGCCCCACCAACCCACCCUGGCUCCCCAGCCGUGCCAGAUGUCACUGUUCCACCGUAAAAACACCCAAAACGGGGUUGGAUUUGUCAAGGGCUGACCCCAAACACUUUGUAGGAAGGGUUUAGUGUCUGUAACGACGUGAACUGAGCGUCUGGGGCGUUCCCGCAGGCAGGGAGUGAUGUUCAUCUCCUCCUCAGGGUGGGAACAGACCCGGAUCCCUCUGAUCGUGCCUCUUCUCCCCGGUUUGCCCAUCCCCGGCAGCAUCCCGGGAGUUUCCAGGCGUGCCCGUUCCCCUGAGGGAGGUGCCGGGGGCUGGACCGAGCGCCGGGAGUUUUGAAACGCAGCGGCAAAGCCGAGGCUUUUCCCCCUGCUCGUCCAUCCCGCGGGAUGCCUGGCGUUCCUGAGAGCAUCCCGGGCCCGCCGGCGGCUCCAUUGGCUGCGGGGGCCAAACGUUGCCUUUUUAGGCUGCGCCUCGGGCCCCGCUCGGGGCUUGCGCUGCCGCCGGCCCCGCUCCAGCCCCGCCGGGCACGGGGGGGAUCCCGCCGGGAUGGGCAGCCUGGAGCCCACCUGCGUGUCCCCAGGAACCCGGGCAGGGAGGAGCGGUGGGACCGGGGUCGGGAGCUGACGCUCCGGGUGUCUCUCAGGUUUUGGGUUUAUCCCACCCACCUCCGGCCUCUGCCUCCGUCCAGCCCCUUUUCCCACCCCCAGUGCUGGGGUUGGGGUUAAUUUUUUGUAAGGUGGUUUUGUUUUUUGGGGUUGUUUUUGGCAGCCUUUCUCCUGGGUGACCUCGUGUCUGCCAAGGUCCCAAAGGGAUCCGGGGUGGGAUGUGAGGCAGCACAAGGACCCCGGGGCUGAGGGUUUGGGUGGGGGGCACAACAAGUGCAUGGCCAAGGGGACAAAUCCAGCCUGAGAUUUCCCGGGGAAAGGGAAUAACCAGGACAGAGCCAUCUCCGCGGGACACUGGAGGUGUGAACAGGCCGGGAAUGCAGGGGAGACGCCGUGUCCCAUGGAGUGACAGCCCUGGGUGUGCUCCCUCCUUCCAGGACAGAGCCAUCCCUGGGGAAUGUUAGAGGUGUGAAGAGUCUGGAGUGCUGGGGGGACUCCGUGUUCCACGGAGUGACAGCCCAGAGCCUGCUCCUUCCCUCCAGGGCACAGCCAUCCUGGGGGACACUGGAGGUGUGAACAGGCUGGGAAUUCUGGGGGGACACCGAGUCCCUGCUCUGCCCCACGGGGUGACAGCCCAGAGUUCUCCCUGCAGGGAGGGCCUUUGGAUCCCGUGGUGGUGGUGGUGGGACCUGCAGCUCCUUCCCCUGCUCCGGUGCUGGGAUGUCCCUGAGCACAGGGAGCAUCCCGAGCCUCAUUUUCCCGUGUGCCCCCCUGAGCUCCUGGGGGUUCCUGAGCGCCUCUCCUGCCUCCCCUGGGCGCUCCAAAGAGCUCCCAGUGCGGGCCCGUUGCCCUUAAAAAGGCAGCAGGAGUUUGGGAGCUGCUGGUUGGCCUCUGCCAGGGCCAGGGCCCGGCGGCUCCGCUCCUGCUGCCAAGGGCUGGGGGUGGCUGCGGCCCCCCCGGGCUGUGUCCGGGCAGGGGGGCCGGGGCACGGCACCCACAGAGCCCCCGUGGGGGAUCCAGGCUCAGCCCACCUCCCAAAUCCUCCUGGGGCACCCACAGUGCAGGGCUGGGAUUCAGACUCACAACUCCUGGCCCAGCUCAGGCUGAGGAUUUGGGGAAUUGAGGGGCUUUGGGACACCAAAAGCCCAAAAAUGGGGGCGGAGAGAGAGAAAACCGCAGGGAGAGGCAUCUCCAAGGCACGGAAUUCCAGGGAUCCGGGGGAGCUGAGGCCGGGAGGAGGCGAUGCACCGACCCAGGGCCCUUCCAGCGGCGCCAAAUUCCCACCCCAGCUCCGGGGUGUCCCCACGGCGGAGCCCCCACACCCACCUCCCCCCCGGGUGGGGUUUCUCCACGCUCUCCCCGGGAACUGGAGUUACUUCCACCUCCCUUUUCCGAGCCUGUCACUUAUAAGGACUUGUGUCUCACUUGUUUAUCGGAGCGGAGCAUAAAAGGAACAGACUCACAACGGGGCCGUCGCCUCCCAAAGCAUCCCCACAUACAUUUUUCCUACAAUAAUUAAACUGCCGGGUCCUACCACCAGCCCGAGGUCAAUUUAAUGAAAUAAAACACCUUAUAUGGCCAUAUGGCCAACACACCAUCAGUGAGCCUAUUUAGGGUCUUUGUUUAGAGAGGAUCCGCCUCUGAGGUUCCUGGGGCUCGCUGGUAUUUAUACCCAGGGCGCAGCGGGGCUCGGUCCCAGAGGAAAGGAGCUCUCGCCUCUGCGGUGAGUACUGCCCUGCCCUGCCCUGCUUCCCAGCUCCUGGGAGGAGAGGGGAAGGAAUAACACCCCGGGGGUGGGAGGGGAGUUUUUGGGGAGCCCCAGCCUUCAUGGGGUGGCCCUACCUCGGUUUGCACAGCACAGAGGGGGUGCCAACCCCCCGGGGGCUUCCUGGAGGUGACCAGGGCUGGGCUGCGGCCAAGGCGGGUUCUGCUCUUCCAGAAAUCCCUGGGAUUUGGGAUUUUUUUUUUUUUUGCUUUCUGGGCUGUGGCCUGAAGCGGGUUAUGCUCUUCCAGAAACCCUUGGGAUUUGGGGGUUUUUGCCUCCUGGGCUCCUGCGAGGUUUUUUUGCUGCUUCCCUCUGGAUUUGGGGGCGCAUCCCCUAGUGCAGGGUGGGGAAAGGCCCCAGGAAGGGCUGCGUUGUUUCCCAUUUUUGGAGCAGAUGCAGCAGGAGGCUGCUGAGACAGAACCAGAUGAGGGGGCAUCACCUGCCACCCCUCUGCCCUCUUUUGGGGGGCACCAGCUGGGCUUGGAGCUCCCCGAGGGGGGCUUUGGCACGGAUUUUGGGCACCGCCUGGAGAAGGACGGAGAAGCAGCACCAGCGUGGAGCAGCACAUGGCCAAUGAGCAUCGACCCCACUCCCAGCAACCCCACAGCGGGGUCAGACUGGGUGCCCAGCCCUCGGCACACCCCACAGAGAACUUUGAGGGGCUGCCCUUCCUUCCCGAGGACUCCAACCCUUCCAAACCCAAAAGCCGGAUGCGGUGCCGGAUGGGAUAACCCCGUCUCCCAUCCUCCCUUAACACUGUUUCUCCCCUUCCCCCCCGGCCCCAGCUUUUCCCCAGGUCCCCCUGAGCACCAAGCGCUCCCGGCCCCACCAUGUGCGAGGAGGAAACCACCGCCCUGGUCUGCGACAACGGCUCCGGCCUCUGCAAGGCCGGCUUUGCCGGCGACGACGCCCCCCGCGCCGUCUUCCCCUCCAUCGUGGGCCGGCCCCGCCACCAGGGCGUCAUGGUGGGCAUGGGGCAGAAGGACAGCUACGUGGGCGACGAGGCGCAGAGCAAGAGGGGCAUCCUCACGCUCAAGUACCCCAUCGAGCACGGCAUCAUCACCAACUGGGAUGACAUGGAGAAGAUCUGGCACCACUCCUUCUACAACGAGCUGCGCGUGGCCCCCGAGGAGCACCCGACCCUGCUCACCGAGGCCCCCCUCAACCCCAAGGCCAACCGGGAGAAGAUGACGCAGAUCAUGUUUGAAACCUUCAACGUCCCCGCCAUGUACGUCGCCAUCCAGGCCGUCCUCUCCCUCUACGCCUCCGGCCGCACGACCGGCAUCGUGCUGGACUCCGGGGACGGCGUCACCCACAACGUGCCCAUCUACGAGGGCUACGCGCUGCCCCACGCCAUCAUGCGCCUGGACCUGGCCGGGCGAGACCUCACCGACUACCUCAUGAAGAUCCUCACUGAGAGGGGCUACUCCUUCGUCACCACCGCCGAGCGGGAAAUCGUGAGGGACAUCAAGGAGAAGCUCUGCUACGUGGCCCUGGACUUCGAGAACGAGAUGGCCACGGCCGCCUCCUCCUCCUCGCUGGAGAAGAGCUACGAGCUCCCCGACGGGCAGGUCAUCACCAUCGGCAACGAGCGCUUCCGCUGCCCCGAGACCCUGUUCCAGCCCUCCUUCAUCGGCAUGGAGUCGGCCGGGAUCCACGAGACCACCUACAACUCCAUCAUGAAGUGUGACAUCGACAUCCGCAAGGACCUCUACGCCAACAACGUGCUGUCGGGAGGCACCACCAUGUACCCCGGCAUCGCCGACCGCAUGCAGAAGGAGAUCACGGCGCUGGCCCCCAGCACCAUGAAGAUCAAAAUCAUCGCCCCCCCGGAGCGCAAGUACUCGGUGUGGAUUGGCGGCUCCAUCCUGGCGUCCCUCUCCACCUUCCAGCAGAUGUGGAUCAGCAAACCCGAGUACGACGAGGCCGGACCCUCCAUCGUCCACCGAAAAUGCUUCUAAGCCCCCUCCCCGCCCUGUGGUGGCCCCCCCUGCCCAGGCUGGGGGGCUCCACUCCUCCUCCUCCUCAGCCCCUGCUGCUCCUCCCCCCCACCCACUGCGCAUUAAAAAGCCUUUUCUCCA